UUGACAAAAUGACAAACCCCUUCAAUUCAUUCGCGACCUCCUCCGUGCAUGCACGCUCAACAAAUUUCGCUGUCAUUGUAGCCGUUUUUGAACGCACAUGCUGUUUGUCGACCGACUGGUAACGGACAUAUGCUGCUAUGAGUGCUUUGUGUCGCCUGAUCCAGAGAGGACUGCUGAGUUGCCGGCCGUCGUGUCGUUUAUUCCCCGGACAGCAGGACGUGUGCGGGGUGGCUCCUAUGGUCCGUGCAGCCAGCUCAUCCAGCCCAGUCAACUUGACCUAUGAUGUCUUUGAUGGGAAGGGAGAGAGCACUCCCCUGGUGUUUCUCCACGGCCUUUUUGGCAGCAAAUCCAACUUUCACUCAAUUGCGAAGUCCUUGGUGCAGCGCACAGGCCGAAAGGUGCUGACUGUAGAUGCCCGUAACCAUGGCAACAGCCCUCACAGCUCAGAGCUGACCUAUGAAGCGAUGACCAGUGAUUUGAAACACCUCCUCGCCCAGCUGCACAUUGAGAAGUGCGUCCUCAUCGGCCACAGCAUGGGAGGGAAAACGGCCAUGACCACCGCCCUGACACAGUCUGGUUUAGUGGAGAGGCUGGUGGUAGUGGACAUCAGUCCAUCCCAGACCAGCACACGCACCAACUUCCGCUAUUACAUCCAGGCCAUGCAGAAGCUGAAGAUCUCCAGUGACAUCCCACGUUCCACUGCCAGGCGGAUGGCUGAGGAUCAGCUGCGCAGUUUGGUCAAGGAGCGCUCGGUGCGUCAGUUUCUGCUGACUAACCUGGUGGAGCAGAAUGGCAACUAUGCCUGGAGGGUCAACCUGGAGGCCAUCUCUGCGCACCUUGAUGACAUCAUGAGCUUCCCCAACUUUAACACUGUCUAUGAUGGACCUACACUGUUUUUGGGUGGAGCCAGUUCUGCUUAUAUCAGCUCCGACGAUUACCCAGAAAUCCAGAGGCUGUUCCCUAACGCUGACAUCCAGUACAUCCCAGACGCAAGCCACUGGAUCCAUGCAGAUAAACCCUUAGAUUUCAUCAGCUCCAUCAUCUCCUUUCUCCAGUCUUAGCUGCCUCUGCCUACGCCUAAGAACUUUUUAAUGGUCAGCACCCUUGAGCGUGCCCUCACCGAAAAUGACGGUUUGU